GUUUCGGUUCGUUCAGCAGUACACUUGGAGACGAGUGAAGGAGCAGAGCAAAGUACGUGAAGAUCAGCAAUUCCAGUUGUAGCAAUGCAGUCGCCGAAGGACAGUGCCCCAGCCGUGACCGCGGUCCAGGUUCCAGCGGACGAGGCUCGGGCGGCUUCCCAGCCGAGGAGCCCUGCCAGGGAAGCGCUGCCGCCCUCUUCGCCCAGCUCCGUCGCCUCGUCCUUGUCCUUCAAGCCUCCGUCCUCGCUUGAGGACGCGAUCUUCUCUGAAGAGACGGCUGCCGCCGGCGGCUGCGUGUUCUUGCGGCGCGUGCGCAGUCUGCCCGCGGUGCAGGGUCUGCUGGGCGCGUACGCCGGCGCCAAGGCUUACCCAGUGGUGGGCUGGGCCUUGUCGGUGGGCGAGAAGUCGGCCUCGCUUGCGACAGCGGUGUGCAGGCCGGUGGCUUUACUGUGCCGAGCGCCCGUUUCGUGCGCUGACUGGUGCCUGUGCAAGGGUCUGGAUGUUGCCGAGGCGGUUCUCCCUUGCGUCUCAAUGCCUCCUAGCCAGGUAAAAGUUAAUAACCCUUCGAACACGUGCGUCACAUGCUCUGAAGCGGCAAAAUCUGCAGGUUCUUCGCGAUGCGCCUCUUCCGUGGAUACCGCUUCAUCGUCAACGUCUUCGGACACUGCUUUUCACAGUGAACCGACUUCGUCUCUGGGGUUAAGCGAGCAAGAAGCCACUUCCCGUGAUGCCUCUUCACUACCGUCCAGUAGCCAAGUGAAUUCUCGGUCUGAAUCUCCCAACGUCGCUGGAAGGGAAGACGCUUUGUCGGCUAAUGAAGAGCUGAACCUCGAAGUUCGGGAACAAAAUGCAGGGAAUGAACAACCCGGCAAUCGAUGCAGGUUCGUGGACCGUGUGUCGAGAUCUCAGCCGGUGCAGCGCGCAAUGGGAGUGUACGAUUGCGCCAAAUCUUACAAAUUAGUUGGCUGGGCCCUGUGUGUGGCAGAAAAGGCUGCUGAACUCGCUUCAGUGCCUGCGGCAGUGAUCAUAAAGCCAUUUUCUAGCGUCUGCAGAACUCCAGUUGAGCGUGCAGACAAAGUUCUGUGCAAGGGUCUAGAUACUGUGCAAACCAUUUUCCCUUCUAUCGCUUCUCCUUCGAACGAGGUUGCUGAAACAAAGAAAACGUCACAUGGAGCAUAACUUAGUGGCUUCCUAGAACGAUCCUCUGAGAUUAUUUCCAAUAAAAUGUAAUUAGUUUAUUUAUUGGUUAUUUGUAACCAGUGUGGCAUGUGUAAAUGGAGAAAUAAAUUUUCGUGGGUUUUCAUUUACAGAGUUUUUAAUUGAAGGUACGAGACAAAUGUCCCCCUCCCCCCUGCCCGCGAACAUCGGCGGGAUUUAACCAUCGGUGAAAUAGG